AUGGCGGAGGCCAUACUCAGUCAGAUAUCGGGCGACUUUCUGGAGUGUACCAUCUGCAUGGAGCCCUUUAAGGACCCCAAGAUCCUUCCGUGUCUUCACACCUUCUGUACGGACUGUCUGGAGAAGUUUGUACGGAAACAAGGCGACGGGAAUGACAAGUUUCCGUGUCCAACAUGUCGGACCGAAACUGAACUUCCGGGGGGCGGUGUCGCUGGGCUCAAAAACAACUUCUUUGUCCUGAGCUUGAGGGACACCGUUGACACUCACAAGAGCUUGGUUAGUAAGGAGGAUGACAAAGUGCCGUGUGAUAACUGUGAAGUAAACGUGGCUAGUCACGGCUGUGUUUUGUGUGAGGAGUUUCUCUGUGACGAAUGCGCUCGAGUUCACCGUCGUGCCAAACGUACGCGCGACCAUGAAGUCAUCGGCGUGGUGGAGCUAAAAGAGCUACUGCUCACCAAGCCACCAUCAGUCAAGUCAACACCACUGCCGCUGUGUCCGAAACACGAAGACGAGAAGCUGAAGUUCUACUGUGAGACGUGCAAGCACCCCAUCUGCCGAGACUGUACAGUACUGCAGCACAAGGACCACGGCUACAGCUACAUGGCAGACGUUGCGAGUGACGUCAGGGCAGAGCUGAAAGGCAAACUGGAAUUCGCGAUGCCGAGAGUUGAGCAAUACCGGCAAUUUGCAGGGGUCGUAAAUGAGAAGCAGGAAGAACUAGACACUAUGAGUGAGAAAGCUGCAGACGACAUCGACGCAGCUGCAGAGGAAGAGAUCAAGUAUUAUAAUGGCCUGGUCAGACGCAAGCAGACUGAGCUGAAAGAAAAGCUGGCAUCCAUCACAGCAACCCGUUCCAAGCAGCUCUCUGUUACAGCAGACAGUGUUGAGAGCACCUUAGGCUGUCUGUCCAGCACAGUGGACUUCUCACAGAAAGUCGUGCAGCAUGGCAGUGACUUUGACGUCAUGAACGUGUACUCUGACGUCACGGCCCGGCUCGAGUCUCUGCUGAAAGGCCCAAACCCGGACAUUCCAGAAGACAUCGGUUACGUCAGGUUUGAUCAAAGGAAGAAAAGGAAAGAAACGGAGAUCGUUCUUGGUGACUUUGUUGAGUUCGGCGACCUCAUGCCUCCAUGA